GAAUCAAGGAAGAAGAUGCAGUAUGGGUGGGGCUGUGUGUGUAGUGCUGAGAGGGCUGCACCCGCGGGCCCCCCCCCCCCCCGUGUGACUCAGCUAUUCUAUGCUUGUCUCCUCAGAUAUUUUAUGCAUGGCGUGUGUCGCGAAGGCAGCCAGUGCCUGUUCUCACAUGACCUGGCAAACAGCAAGCCAUCCACCAUCUGCAAAUACUACCAGAAGGGGUACUGUGCCUACGGUGCGCGCUGCAGAUAUGAUCAUAUAAAGCCCCCAGCUGCAGCAGGUGGAGCGGUAGGCCCUGCACCCCACUCUUUGCCAUCCUCAGGCUUGCCCAGCCCUCAACCUUCUCCUGACAUUGCCACAUCUGUUGUGAAGACACAUUUGCAUGAACCGGGGAAGCGAGAGAAGAAGAUGCUGGUGCUAAGAGACCGAAAUCUCACUGGCCUGGCUGAAGACAAGAGUGUCCCAAGCACAGUGAAUAACCCGGGUAGCUGCAGUGAUGCUCAGACCAGUCCGGAGAUGAAGCCCCAUUCCUACCUAGAUGCCAUCAGGACUGGCCUGGACGACUUGGAGGCCAGCAGCUCCUAUAGCAGCAACGAGCAGCAAUUAUGCCCCUACGCUGCUGCUGGGGAGUGCCGGUUUGGAGAUGCCUGUGUCUACCUGCAUGGGGACAUGUGUGAGAUCUGCAGGCUUCAAGUCCUGCACCCCUUUGACCCAGAACAAAGGAAAGCUCAUGAGAAGAUGUGUAUGUCAACAUUUGAACAUGAGAUGGAAAAGGCAUUUGCCUUCCAAGCAAGCCAGGACAAAGUGUGCAGCAUCUGUAUGGAGGUGAUCUUGGAGAAGGCAUCUGCAUCUGAGAGGAGGUUUGGCAUUCUCUCCAGCUGUAGCCACACCUACUGCCUGUCCUGCAUCCGCCAAUGGAGAUGCGCCAAGCAGUUUGAAAACCCGAUCAUAAAGUCUUGUCCAGAGUGUCGUGUGAUAUCAGAGUUUGUAAUUCCAAGUGUGUACUGGGUAGAAGAUCAGAAUAAAAAGAAUGAAUUGAUUGAAGCUUUCAAACAGGGGAUGGGGAAAAAGGCAUGUAAAUACUUUGAGCAAGGCAAGGGGACCUGUCCCUUUGGAAGCAAGUGCCUUUACCGCCAUGCUUACCCGGAUGGACGGCUGGCAGAGCCAGAGAAACCUAGGAAGCAGCUGAGUUCUGAAGGCACUGUGAGGUUCUUUAAUUCAGUGCGGCUUUGGGAUUUUAUCGAGAACCGAGAAACCCAGCAGGUCACCAACACGGAUGAUGUUGAUGUGACAGAGCUUGGAGACCUCUUCAUGCACCUUUCUGGAGUAGAAUCAUCAGAACCCUAGAGUCAGUGCUGACACCUUCAUUUAGGGCUCUACAGUCACAACCUCCCAAGGCAGGGUGCCGAGGCCUCUGUCACUGACCCAAGGUGGCAUGGUCCCUGGAUAGGAGUAUGGCAGCGAAUCCCCUUGGUCUCUUCAUGCUCCACCUUCACAGCCCUGGUGAAGGGAAAGGCAUAAGAUAACCAAGUCCAUGGAAUCACUACAUUUAGAGUUGAACUCUUAGGUGCACCUCCAGCCCCGUUACUGGGAACCAGCUAUGUAGUCCAGCUGUUUUAAUUGAUUGCUUUUAAAUGAAACCCAACUGCCAUCUUUCUUUUGUGACUUUCUUCCUUAAGCAACAGUAAACUUGGAGCUGCUUACAAAGCAGCAGAUCUGUUUUUCUUAUCCAGGGCGUCGCCAGCCCCGUAGAGGGCUCCUCUGCAGUGACCGUCUCUAGUGUGUUGUGAGCCUUGGACUUCUGCAGCUCUGUAAUGGUGCUGCUUAGACUCUUAAUGCUCUGAGGAUGGUCAGGCUUGAUUUAGUCAGAAGGUAUGUGCAGUUGACAGGUAAAGGGAGGGUCCUAUCUGUAAAGGUCUCCAGGGAAACUCCAUCUUUCCCUUGUAACAGCAGAAGACACAGGUGUUACACUCAAACUGCCUGUUUGUUCUCACUUGUAAAGUAGGCUCUAUUCUAUGCUGUUUUUGUGGUCGUGACCAACUCGUUCAUCCGAGGAAAUGUGAGGCCAAGAUAGCUGGAUUGUAAAUAAGUGUGUAUAACCUUGUAAGUCAGAGCAAAUUUGUUCUAAACCUGAAUUUAUUUUUGUAAAAAGCUCUGUAGAUACCGAAUAUUUUAUAAGUGCACUCCUUAUUGAAUGAGGAGUAUCACCAGUG